UUUUUUUUUUUUUUUAAUUCUUUUUUUUUUCCCUUCUGCUACAGAUGUGUGUGUGUAUAAGGGGAGAAUAAGAGAAAAAACGACGAUUGACGCUAACACUGAGUCAGAUUUAAUGGCGGCGUAUCUUCAUAUCAACCAACAGCGUACGGAGUACCGAGUAUUUGGAAGGAAUUCCGACUCAAUCCCAAGAAAUAUAUUCUCGUCGGGAUCGCGGAAAACCUCAUCUGACUGUUUCAUUAGCAGAAGCAGACAAUUGGACCCCUUUGGUCAUUGCAUCCAUCCCGUCGAUAUAUUUUCAAAACCGGUUCCGGCCCGUUCCCGGCCCGUUAGACAUCAUCACCCCCGUAAAUCCCGAGUCAACAACACUUUACUGCUCUCAUUCUUGCACGCGCCUACGCCAGAAAUCUCUCAACAUGUCUAAGGAUGUCUACUCAUCCUCUAUGCUGCAGACCUAUUCGGUCCGCACGGCCGCGAAUACCUCGGCCUACUUCAUGCCGCGCAUCGAACCAGAUAUGAAAAUCCUCGACAUUGGUUGUGGACCCGGCUCCAUUACCCUGGACUUGGCCGCACUCGUUCCACAGGGGACGAUCAUCGGCAUUGAUUGCAGCGAGACGGCGAUCAAUUCUGCCAGAGAGCUGACGCAAAAUCGAGGGGUGAAUAAUGCGACCUUCCAAGUGGCGAAUGUGUUGGACCUUCCCUUCGAAGAUGAGACAUUCGACAUUGUCUGUGCGCAUCAGGUUCUGAUUCAUCUUUCGAACGAAUCAUCGAAAACGGGCGCCGUGGAAGGGCUGAAGGAAAUGAGACGCGUCUGCAAACCCGGAGGGCUGGUUUGUGCGAGGGAAUGCGACUGGAGAAGCGCUGUCAUCCAUCCCGCCAUCCCCGGGGUGCAUGAGAGCAUGAAGUUGGUGGAAGAUUUGACGGCUUUGAGGCAGACUUCGCCGUAUGGUGGAUUGGCUCGGUCGUGGGCUGAGAGGGCAGGGUUUAACCCCGCAGACGUCGGGGCCUCUGCGGUCGCGGUUUACUAUUCGACGCCUGCGGAGGUGAAAUGGUGGGGCGAUACUAUGGCUCAGCGUCUGGAACAAGGUUCUUCGCUGGACACAGGAGUCAAGGAGGGUCUUAUAUCCGAGAGCCAAACGCACCAAUUCCCUCGAGCGUGAGAGAGUGGGCUAAGCAAAGCGAUGCCCUGUUCUCCAUGACGGAUGCUCAGAUUGUUUGCAAGAGAUAGGCUGGGAUGGAUAUAGAACCUAUUAGAAU